AUGAACUCCACUGGCAAAGCGAUUGUUUCCGGCGAUCUGAAGAUCAAUCCCGAUGUCUCAGCACCCGAAUCGAUCAAACAAACCGGUGAACGCUCUGUUGUGCUAAUCAACCAACCGGGUGAAAAGGGUGUGUCCUCCUCCAAAGAUGUCUCCGGCGAGUCUAUGUCGAGGAAACUUAAGGGGAAGGCCUGCACCGCGAUCAUUGAUGAUGUUGUUCAUGGAUCUGCCUGGUAUUAUAUUGCCUGUGGUAAUUGCAAAACUAAGGCGACCAAGGGGCCUACCACUCUUAUGUGUAAGAAGUGUGGUAAAGCUGAAGUUUCCGGAGUUGCAAAGUACCUGGAGAGGAUAUAUGUUUAUGACAACAGCGAUCAAGCCUCUUUUGCCAAUGAGAGCACAGGUGAUGAUCACGUAGUCCCAGUGCCACAAGCUCUGGUUGCUACUAUCGGGCAAACUCGAAAGUUCAUCAUCAAGGUAUCAGACCACAACUUGACCGGCAAGAGUCAGGCUUUAAUUGUGACAAAGGUGCUUCCCCUUGAAGUUCCAGAGCCUGAAGGCGACUUGGAAGAAAACUUGGGUCAGGAAUCUGGUGAUGAAGGUGAGGAAUCUGGAAACGAGCCGGGACAACUAUUGGAAGGUCGGCUCUACCACAGAAAACAGCCAACGACUUCUAGAUCUUUAACCGAAGGAGAUUCAUACGAAUUAUCGGGAUUUUCCGUCCUAACAAAUAACCGUGAACGGAAGUUAACAAAGCUCUUGUAUUACAUUCAAAUAGAUCAAGAGACAACAAUGUCAAAUGUUACUAUCACAGGUUCCCUCUUCCCAGGGUACAGUUUAUCUCCUCAGAGUUACAAUUGUCUACUACGCUUAGCAACUACCCCGAGCUAUUUACCUGCUGUCGUCGGGCAAAUACUGAUAAUGCAUGAGAUGAAACCCAACAACCCAGAAUCGACCAGAAAGUUCACCAUUGGUUUGAUGCUGAACAACUCAAAAUUGGUUAAGUUGAUGCUAUGGGACAAACCAGCAGGAGAAUUUAGUAUCUUACAAAGCAGGGAGGAUAGAAAAUUUAAAGUGAUCAUCAUCACAAGCAUAAUAACCAAAGUUUUUCAAGGUAAUUAA